GUCAUAACUUUGUAAAUAGUGUUCACAUUAAGCAAUACUAUGUUUGGUUAAAAAAUUUCAUAUAAUGGAACAAAGAGCAAAAACAGAUACUACAAAUACAAGAUAUUACAAAGAAUCACGUAAAGAAAAAGUUUUUCGGAUAUUGGCUAUUAUAGGAAUAAUAUUAUUUCCACUAAUUUUGCUGAUCUGCUUUCGGGUAGUAAAACAAUACAAAAGAGCGAUAAUCAUGCGCUUCGGGCGGGUUCGGAAAGAUUCACCAGCUGGACCGGGAAUAAUAUGGGUGAUACCGUGCACCGACAGUAUUCAUAUGGUUGAUCUGAGGACUCAGUCCUUUAACUUACCACCACAAGAGGUUCUCACAAAAGACUCAGUGACGGUUACUGUAGAUGCAGUGGUAUACUUCCACAUAGACAAGCCACUUCAUUGCCUCUUGAACAUCCAAUCAAACAAGUAUGCAAACGAACUGAUAACAAUAGCGACAAUCAGGAAUAUACUUGGCCAGCACUCGUUAUACACUCUACUAACCAGUCGAGAAACAAUAAGUCAGAAGUCCAGGGCUGAAAUAGAUAAGACCACUCAAUUGUGGGGCGUUAAAAUAGAGCGAGUUGAAAUAAAAGACGUAUUCCUGCCAUUUGAGCUCCAAAAAGCAAUGGCGGCCGAAGCUGAGGGUACUCGCAUAGCUAAAGCCAAAGUUAUUGAAGCGGCAGGUGAAAUAAAAGCAGCAGAAAAUCUUAAAGAAGCUUCUCUCAUAAUGAUGGAGAAUCCACAUAUUAUGCUGCUAAGAUACCUGCAAACUUUGAAUUAUAUUGCUGCAGACCAGUCUACAACUGUACUGUUUCCAUUCCCUAUAGAACUUCCAGGAGCACGUCCACAAUGCCAUAAAUGCAACUAAAUCCACAACUCAAGAGAUAAAUAAAAGUAGUUAGACAGUUCGAACGAGCAAUCAUUUUGCGUAAUGGAAAAUUACGAAAAAACAAAGCGUAUGGACCUGGUCUCGUCUACGUGCUACCAUGCGUCGAUACCGUCAAGUAUACCGACCUCAGAAUCAUUAGUUAUG